AUGGAUGAACCGGGUAGAGGUAUAUUGAACAAGAAGCAGCUGAAUGAUGUCGAAGGGGUAUCAGCACCUCCCCUGUUUCCUAGUAUCAAAAUCGAAGAGCCAGAGCAAAGAGGAAGAUCUAGGAGCAAAAAUAGAGAUCCAGGGGCUACUUCGAAUAGGAGUCUUUCUAAUCGAUCCUUGUCUCGUUCUCUUAGUAGAGUGAGUAUCAAAGAACAAGCACAUUUAAAGUGGACUAUUUUAAACAGAGAUCCUUCCGAAAGACUUCAUAAACAUUAUAAAAACAAUAAGAAUGAUAUCUCUAAGGAAGAAGAAGAUGAUGAUGACGAAGAUGACGAACAGGAGCUAAGUGAUGAGGAACAAGUAAGUGAUGUAGACAACGAAAUUGAAAUCGAUGAGCACCUAGAAUACGACUUGGGAAGUAAAGUGCUACCAAAUUUUGUCACAUCGAUAACUAAGGUUUUGGAUACCAUGAAACCCUGGCUCGCAAAGAAUGCAGAAAGUAAAAAGACAGCAGAUAAGAGAGAUAUCAAGAUGGAAGAGAUUCAAAACGGAAUAUACCGAGCUUUAUACUUUAUGAGCAAAUCGACCGAGAACCAAAAUGAUGAUCUUAAAGAUGAAACUUCAGAACAAAGUGUUUGUAAAAGUGAAGAAUCACAGAAGCCUAAUCACACCUUCGUACUAUACUUAGACCAAAUGGAUGAAUCUUUUGGCGAAAAAAUAUACACUCUAAUAUACACAUUUGGAAGUGUGCUCAACAAUGGAGACACACUAUAUAUCAUCAAUCAAUGUGAUGAUGAUAAGAACGAUAUGUUAACGCAGUUAAAUCGGAUCUGCGACCAUGUGGAGUAUUUGUUCGAAUCAACCAAUGGUGUUGGAACUUUGGAUAAUGUCGACGUUGUCAUAUGUUCAAUGUAUCACCCAUACCCAAAGCAAUUACUUACAGAGAUGGCAUUUUCUCUUCAGGCAACCACUAUCAUAGUGCCGCUACAGACAGUGUUAAGUUCACUACAAAACUUCAUUACCUCUGUACCCAUGCUUGUGGUCCGUAAAAAGCUAAAAAGAUCCAAGCGUAGAGGAAUUACUGACUGA